ACGCUCAAAAUCACUAUAAAUAUCAGCAAUACCAGACCUUGAACCAUAACUCAAAAGUAUCAUCAAAUCACUGAUACCAAAUCACAAAUUGUUGUUCAAAGCCUUCUUUCUGUGUUCACUUAGCACUAGCACAAUGGCGGAUCAGUACCAGAAAGAGACCAAAGAGAACCAUGCAGCAGCAAAGGUGGAAGAAGAGCCUGCUACUGGCUGUGGGAUGUUUGAUUUCUUGAAGAAGAAGGAAAAUGAGAAGCCCCAACCUGAAGAACACAAACACACCACGGCUGAAAAGCUCCACCAUCAUGAUGGCAACGACUCUAGCUCGUCUAGCAGUGACGAAGAAGGUGGGGAGAAGAAAAAGAAGGGACUGAAAGGUAAGAUCAAGGAGAAGAUCGCCAGCAAAAAGAACGAGGAAGAUCACCAUUCACCGAUUCCCGCUGCAAAGAGCAAUGAUAUCGAGAGUGGAGUUUCAAAUGGUCAGGAGAAGAAGGGAUUCAUAGAGAAAAUAAAAGAGAAGCUUCCUGGACAGCACAAGGAAGCUGAAGCCGGUGCUCCUCCUGAGUAUCAUUCUCCACAUGAAGGUGAGCCAAAGGAGAAGAAAGGAAUUAUGGAGAAGAUUAAGGAGAAGCUCCCUGGUGGUAACAAAAAUGAAGAGGAGAAGCCCAAGGAGUACUAA